AUGCAAAUCGUCAAACUCAAUCGGCUUCUCAAAAUCAAAGAUGAGCAAAUCCGCGAGCUUCAAAAAUCUGGAGCAACUCGAAAACCGUCGUCUUCUGGAUCUUUGGAAUCUGUAGAAUCAUCGGAAUCGAAUUCGUCGAGAUCUGAAGCAUCGGAGCCACCUUCGAGAAGACCUUCAGAUCUUCAGAAGAAGCCAGCUGAAAAUUCAAGCUCGAAUUCAGCGCUGAAAAAGCUGCAAGAGAAGUUGCGCGUGGCUGAAAACGACUACUCGAUUUUGCUGGAAGAGGUGACGAUUCUGAAGUCGGCUAAUGAGAAAUUGAUCCAACAAACUUUGUCGAAGAAUUCUCAGGAAUGGGGAAUUAAGGAGAAUCUGGAGGACAAGAAGCGGAUUCUGGCACUGGAGGAGGAGAUUCGAGAACUCAAUUUGAGGCUGAAAGAGAUCAGGAGGGCCCAGAAGCCUGUUAAACGGGGCCCGGAGGCCCCCAAGGAGCUUCCGAAGCCUCCUGAGAAGCUCCCUGAGCCUGAGAGAGCUCCUGAGAGAGCUCCUACGAGCUCCAGAAGACAUUCAGAAUCCAAAAUCCUGCAGAAGCUCUACUCGGAAGUUGUAGAUGUUCUCAAAACCCAUGACGUUGAGACAUCUGGAACAUCAGCAGGAAUUUCGAAUUGGCAAAAAGCGUACGCUGAACUCUACCAGGAACUCGAAAAAGUCAAGAAUCUCCUCAUGGUCCAGUACGAAAUUGAUCAGAAACAUCGGAAGGAGAUUGAGAUGCUGCAAAUGGAGCUGGAAAGAUGCUCGCGGGCUCAAAAAGAGGCGCUGGAGGCGGCCAGGAUUCUGGUGGAGGAGAAGCAGAAGCGGAUUUUCACCCUGGAGGAGCAGAUACGCGUCAUUGCGUAUGCCACGCAGAAAAGUGUGCCCUUGGAGCUCAGAAAUUCUGAAAAUGGAAGUCUGGCUCAAAAUCUUGCGCUGAAACUCAUUCAUGUGAAACCGACGCCAGGCGUCACCACGAAAUUCUUCUUUUCCCUGGAAUUUUUCGAUUUUCAACUCGAGACCACGCCGAUUUUCGAGCCGAAAGAGCAAAAGCUGGACUACACGGCGGUUUAUGAAGUGAUUGUGUCGAAUUUGUUUGUGCACUAUUUGUAUACGGUGGGUUUUUUUUGGGGGGGAAUGGGAGAUUGACGUGUUUUUGGUAGUCUACAAAUUUUGCGUCAAGUUGGAAAGAGCUGACGCUUUUAUGAUAACCUACAAACUUUAGCCCAUGAAUUUUUCACCAAGAUGUUUGCUUACGCAUUUUUAGUGGGAUGGGAUUUUUUUUGUGUCAAGGAGAGAAUGCUGACGCAUUUAUGGUGGCCUACAAUUUUUGUGUCAUCAAAUAUUCACUUUAACUCAAUGCUGACGUGUUUCUGGUAGUCUACAAAUAUUGUGCCAUCAAAUAUUGAGAUUGAACUCAGUGCUGACGCAUUUCUGGUAGCCUACAAUUUUUUGCCAUCAAAUAUUUACUUGAACUCAAUGCUGACGCAUUUCUGGUAGCCUACAAUUUUUGAUCCAUCAAAAUAUAAGCUUGAACUCAAUGCUGACGCAUUUCUGGUAGCCUACAAUUUUUGUGCCAUCAAAAUAUGAGCUCUAACUCAAUGCUGACGCGUUUCUGGUAGCCUGCAAAUUUUGCUCCAUCCAAAAUAAAGCUUGAACUCAGUGCUGACGCAUUUCUGGUAGCCUACAAUUUUUGUGCCAUCAAAAUAUGAGCUCUAACUCAAUGCUGACGCGUUUCUGGUAGCCUGCAAAUUUUGCUCCAUCCAAAAUAAAGCUUGAACUCAGUGCUGACGCAUUUCUGGUAGCCUACAACUUUUGUGCCAUCAAAUAUUUACUUGAACUCAAUGCUGACGCAUUUCUGGUAGCCUACAAUUUUUGUGUCAUCAAAAAUUAGGCUUGAACUCAAUGCUGACGCAUUUCUGGUAGCCUACAAUUUUUGUGCCAUCAAAUAUUUACUUGAACUCAAUGCUGAUGCAUUUCUGGUAGCCUACAAUUUUUGUGCCAUCAAAAUAUGAGCUCUAACUCAAUGCUGACGCGUUUCUGGUAGCCUGCAAAUUUUGCUCCAUCCAAAAUUAGGCUUGAACUCAAUGCUGACGCAUUUCUGGUAACUCUCAAGAUUUUCACUGACGCAUUUUUCGUAGAUCAAUUUUUCUCCAGAAAUUUUUUCUCAACGCCUAGACCCCAUAAAAAUUCCAGUUUUCCAAAAAAAAAAUUUCAGAAUUAUUUUCUCUAUCAAAAAAUUAUGCUAAGCCUAUUUUCCAGCCUAAGCCUAGGCCUAAUUCUAUUGAUCCAACCCAAUUUUUCACAAUCCCAAAAAUGCGCGAAUUUAAACGAAACCUCGGCUCGUGACGUGGCAUUCGAGCUACUGUGCAAUAGAUUUACGGCAACUCCGAGUUACAAUUUGAUUUCGGCGAAUUUCAAAAUUCCCUACGGUCACUGGUAUUGUCGGACGGAUGGAACUUCGGGAUAUCAAGCGCUGAAAGAUCAAGAUCUUCUGACGUUUCUGCAAAAUUCGGCGAAAAUCUCGGAUGGAUUUAUGGCUGAAAUGUGCCCGGAAUUCCAGAAAAGUAAUCGGAAAAUUGUGUGGGGCCCGAAACGGAAAUCGGACUAUCAGGCGCUGAUCAAUUCUAUAGAAAUCAUGGAGAAAAGUUGGAAGACUGACACGUGUUUCUCGUUCAGAUUUCGAAAUUUGCGGAGAUUUGUGGUGAUUCGAGUGCAGGGUUUUUAUUUGAAAAGUGAAAGUCAGGCGAUUCAUGGGAUUUAUGGAGAAGACUGUGCUUGA